AUGGGAUCUUUCUUCUCCAAUCUCUUUUCCUCGUUAUGGGGCUCGAAAGAAAUACGAAUUCUAAUAUUAGGCUUAGAUGGUGCUGGUAAAACUACAAUUUUGUAUAGGCUUCAAGUUGGUGAAAUAGUUACAACAAUUCCAACGAUCGGAUUUAACGUUGAAACCGUUACAUACAAGAAUUUAAAAUUUCAAGUAUGGGAUCUGGGAGGACAAACGAGUAUAAGGCCUUACUGGAGAUGCUACUACUCUAAUACCGAUGCUAUAAUUUAUGUGGUGGAUAGUAUGGAUCGAGAACGUAUUGGCGUAUCCAAAGGAGAAUUAGUAGCGAUGUUAGAGGAAGAAGAGUUAUCAAAAGCUACCCUACUAGUAUUUGCUAAUAAACAGGAUAUAGAUGGUUGUAUGACAGCAGCAGAAGUAAGCAACGCUCUUGGAUUACCAGCACUUCGUGAUAGACAAUGGCAAAUUUUCAAAACUUCAGCAAUAAAGGGAGAAGGACUCGAUGAUGCUAUGGAAUGGUUGAUUAAUGCGUUAAAGGCUAAACAAAAUUAA